AUUUACUGACUGAACGUAAACAAAGAUUGUACCCAUCAAAAAGACAAAAUGCCAUCAAAAGGAGUUAAAUCCUUUAGAACCCGACAAGAUAAACAGAAAAUGAUAGAAAGACUGAAGAAAAAGACCCAUUUUAGCAAACUGGAGAUAGAAAAGUUACUUGAAAUGCAGAGAAAAUUAAGUACCAGAGGCAAUAAAAUUGACAGGUCAAAGUUCAGAGAUCUACUCCACAAUACAUUUGCUAUCACAGAAGACUUUAUAAUGGACAGGGUGUUCAAGGCAUUUGAUAAAGACAAUGACUCCCAUUUGAAUGAAGAAGAAUGGAUUUUGGGAAUGUCAGUUUUCCUUAGAGGCACCAUUGAUGAAUUAUGCAAAUACUGUUUUGAUGUGUAUGAUAUGAACAGUGAUGGUUUUAUUUCAAGAGAAGAAAUGUUUCACCUACUGAAACAAAGUCUAAUUGUGCCAGGAAAUGAGCAGGAUGAUCCCGAUGAUGGUGUGAAAGAUUUAGUUGAAGUUGCCCUAAAAAAGCUGGACCAAGAUCAUGACACAAGAGUUUCAUUUGAAGACUUUAAAACCUCCAUCCAUGACGAUAAUUUACUUUUAGAAUGUUUUGGAAGAUGUCUGCCUAACCUUCCGAGAAAAGAAUCAUUUCUUGAACAGAUUGCAGAUGAAGCCCAUCUGAAGAAGUAAAGAGAGCUGAUAAACAUUUCCAGAUACCAGAUUACUGUUUGUCAACACAAUGAUUAUUUCUGAUGCCAAAGAGUGAAUUAAGCAUGAACUUGUCUUCCAAAUUAGUUUUUCAUAUGUCUUUUUUACCUAAGUUUUCUCUUUAAGAUUUUUUUUUAUCGUAGCCUUUUAACAUAUUCAUUUGACUUAAAAAAGAAUAUUGUCUACUUUAAAUGAUUGUUAUGAUUCAGUACUUAAAUUAAAAAAAAAAAGGGGAAAAUUAGAGUUGUCAGUAUGUGAAAUUUUUUGAAAUAUAUUCUGAAUUUAAGGAUUUUUUUUAACAAGAACUAAGGGUAAUAAAUUUCUCAUAUGUUAUCAUUAUACACUAUUGUUAAUGCUUGCAUUAGAGCAGUAAUUAUUUCUUAUACAAUAUCACUGUUUCUGUUUAAUUACUUGUAUUUCAUGCCAUUGUUUAUAAAUAUAAAAGUUGUGAAUUUGGAUGUAAAAUAUCUGCAUUUAAUGAAACAUCUCUAGUCAAUACAUAAAGCAGGGUUAGCUUUCAGAUACAAUCUGAAGUACUGUUGAUAAUUCAAGUUAGUGUAAAACAUACAGGAAACGUGUUAGUGUAAAAACUUAAAUGAUGAAAAUGGCAAUUUAACUUUGAACAUAUUUCAUUCUAUUCUUUUACAAAAAAAUCCAUUUAUAAAGCUUAGCUUGAAAAUCAGAUAGAUAUGAUUUUAAUGCUAGAUAAUUAAGAGUGGAACAGCAAUUUUUAUAUUUACAAAAUUCUAAUUAAUAAUUGGGAUACAAUAAUCAAUAUGUGACUAUUGAAAAAGGUAAAUAAUUGCCUAUUGGUUUUCAAAUCAAAAUGAUCAAAAUCAAAAUGCUGCAAUGAAAUACAAAGCUUUAAAAUAUAUUGUUUAAUAUAUAUAUAUUUUUUUUAAUGAGAUCAAUAUAGUAGUGUUAUAUGUUAUUUGAAGUGUUUUUAUAUAUCUGCUAUAUAUUUUUAACUAUUUUACAUUGUUAUUUACAGACUAAUAGACUGGUUUUGAUUUUCUAACAUUUUACACAUCAUUUAUUUAUGAACAUUUUAUUCUAUUGUGCAUUGUUAUUAUAUUUUCAUGACCGUGGCAUAAUACCAAAUUUUCUUGUUUAUUUUAACUUAGAAUUAUUUAUCAGUAUUUUUUAUUAAUUAAAUAUUGUAAAAGCUGUUUCACCUCUGAAUGAUAUAUAUAGUUCAUAGGAAGUAUGUACAGCAACAUUACUUCACAGACAUAUAUCCUACAGAUCAGGACUCGGUUUCACAAAAAAAAACUUAUGACUAAGGUUGAUUGUUAGGUUACUGAAUUGUUCAGUUCAUGAUUUACGAUCAAUCUUAGUUGUAAGUUUUGUGUAAAACGGACUCAAGAUAAGUAUAAUACAUUUGUGGUGAGAGAACAGACUCUUGAACCAUUUGAAUUGUCUUUUCUUUGCCUAGAAAAAUAGAAAUUCAUCACAGGAGUGUAUGGCUUAUUCAAUAUUAUAAAAUAUACCUUUAUUUUUCAAUACAGCUGGUUUCUAAUGAAUGCAGCGAACAAGAGACUUUGUUAAUGAUUGUUUUUGUUAUGUUAUAGGUAACUUAUGUUUUUCUGAUUAUGUUGUUGAAUUAUAAUAAGUUUUAGUAUGUUUAUUUGAGUGUUUUCAUUUCAAACCAUUGUUUUUGUGUUUUUCAAAACAUAAUCAAAUACAUUAUUGCUUACUACAUUUAUAAAAGUGCUAUCCUUUACCUUCUUAUAUGUUAUUCAAAAGACUGAAAAAACAAAGAUAAACUUAAAUCAUUUAACUUCAAUAUCUUUUUAUUUGUAAGAGGGCAAAACUUCUGUUCUAAUCGAUAUGCAGCAAAAGUCAUAACAUGUACUUUUUAGUUCAUUGCAUCUUUUAUUCCUAGAUAAGCUCUUUUGUAAUAAGGAAACAUCUUGAAUGCUAUAAAUAUUGUCAGUAAAAGAAGUAUUUGUGAUAACUGAUGACAAAACUAGUCAAAAUAAGAUGCAUUUAUCUUUAAAUAUUUUCAGGAUAAACUAGUCUAUUUAUAGCCUACAUUAUUUAUUUUUAUCCCAAGACCAUGACAUUUAAAAUUUGUUUCAGCAAGAAUGUUUAUUCUAUAGAAAUUGCCAAAUGGUAUAUACAUUUUUUGUAUUUUUACUUAAAAAUUAUUUUUUUAGUAUUAUUUUUGUAGUGAAAGUUUUAUUGUUUAUUAUCAAUGAUAAAAUAUAUCAUGUGAUAAACUUUCAGGUGUUAUCAUAUUUUAUAAUGGAGGUAUUUGUAAUCUUGUGACCUAAUUGUUGAUUUUCUUGCCAGUUUUGUUCAGUUAAU